UUCCAGGCCCUUUUGGGAAGGGUUGCGCUCGACUGACCCACGAGUGCGCCUGCGCGCUCGACCCGCAGCUGACUCGUCUCACGUGCUCAAGGCCCCUUGGGACUAUUCUUGGGCUGUCGAGGCGUGAGUGGCGCCUAAGUUUGUAGUUUAUUUAUUUAUUUUUAAUAUAUAUCGAAUAUAUAUAUAUAUAUAUCGAAGAACGAUAUAUAAUAGCAAUAUUAUUAUUUUAUUUUUAAAAAUAGUAAUAAAAAUGUUGUUGGCAAUAGUUCUGCGUUUUACACCUUUAUAGUAAUAUUUCGCAGUUUUUAUGUUUUUUGUAAUUUGGGAAAGGCAAUACAGUAGUUUUCCGCUAGUGGGUCGGGAUAAACUACUGUACUGGGUCACGUCUGAUACAAGAUUCUGGAAGUUUCAGCCAUUCUGGAGAUCAGCAACAAAGGGAGGUGCUGUGUGGAAAUAACACUUAUCUGCCACCUUCUCUUCCAGCUACACAGGAUAUAGCAAUCAAGGAAAUCAAAGCUAUGGACAGGCACCACAGGGGCAACCGUUUACCUAAAGCGUUCCCUGUUGGAUCUUCAGGUUACGGGCAGAGCGGCCAGCAAGGAUAUGGGGGAUAUGAAAAUCAGAACCAGAGCUCUUACAGCCAGGAGUCUUAUGGCAGUCAGGGGCAGCAGAAAGACCCAUCAGGCAGCAGCAGGACUUCCUACGACCAGAAGUCCAACUACGGGCAGCAGCCAGGUUCAUAUAACCAGUCCUCAGGUUACAGCCAGCCACCAGGGUCCUAUGACCAACUGUCCGGGUACAGCCAGCAGCCGAAGCAGUUUGACCAGCCGUCGGGCUACAGCCAGCAGGGACAGCAGCAAAGCUCGUACGACCAGCAGUCAGGCUACAGCCAAAACCGAGGGUCCUACGACCAGCAGCAUGACUUGGGGCCACAGCAAGGCUCCUACAACCAGAAGUCCAACUAUGGGCAGCCGCCAGGAUCGUACGGCCAGAACCAGCCGUCCUACCAGUCCCAGCAGAAGGAAAGCUAUGCCCAGAACAUGCAAGAUGAUCGACGUGAGAAGAGUAGGUAUGGUGAAGACAACAGAGGCUAUGGUGGGCCCCGAGGAGGUGGAAGCAGGUUCGAUUCUGACAGCAGAGGUCCGAUGUUGGGCUUAAGUGGUGGUGACCGAGGUGGCUUCAAAAAUUUUGGUGGUCAGAGGGAUUAUGGGCAGAAGCCAGACACAGAUUCGGAGUCUGACAACUCUGAUAACAACACCAUCUUUGUACAAGGACUGGGAGAUGACGUUUCAACAGAUCAAGUUGCCGAGUAUUUCAAGCAAAUAGGUGUCAUUAAGACUAACAAGAAAACUGGCAAACUUAUGAUUAACCUUUAUACGGACAAGGAUACUGGGAAGCCAAAGGGCGAAGCGACAGUGUCUUUUGAUGACCCGCCGUCUGCUAAGGCAGCCAUCGACUGGUUUGAUGGAAAGGAAUUCAACGGCAGUGUUAUCAGAGUUUCCUUUGCAACCAGACGGCCUGAAUUCCUGCGAGGAGGCAAUGGAGGUGGUGGUGGUGGUGGUGGUGGUGGUCGCCGAGGUUCCCGAGGAGGUGGCUUCGGAAGAGGUGGCGGAUUCCAGGGCCGGGGCGGAGAACCCAAAAGUGGCGACUGGGUUUGCCCCAACCCGAGCUGCGGCAAUAUGAAUUUUGCCCGUCGAAAUUCCUGCAAUCAGUGCGAUGAGCCCAGGCCAGAUGAUGGGCAUCCGUCAGGAGGAGACUUCCGUGGCAGGGGAGGCUUUGGAGGCGACCGGGGAUUCAGAGGCCGCAGAGGCGGUGGCUUUGGCGGAAAAAUGGGAGGCCGAAAUGACUUCAGAAGCGAUCAACGCAACCGACCCUACUAAGAAGAGCUGUGAAGGUCCCCCCCCCUCCCUACCCCAUCUUUCUGACGGCUUUUCACAGCAAACUUUGCUGAGUUUCGCCUGCUGCUUUAUACCCCACAUGGCCUCUUUUGGAUAGUGGAAUUAAAUGUGAAAUUGGAUUUUUUUUUUAUUUGGCGGGAGGGAACUUGGGCCAGAUUCCUCCCCCUCCUUUUUUAUUUUACUUUUAAAGCAAGGGCAUCAAAUUUUUCAUCUUCUAAUUUCCAUCAUUCUCCCACCACCUCCAACUCUCCAUCACCUAAAAAAAAGAAAGAAGGCUCUCUCUUCCACGGGCUGUUGAAAAAAAGAAGGAAUGAAAUUGUAAAAUAUUUGCCAAAAAAUCUGACAUGUUUUAUAAUUCAAACAAUAAAAGCUGAUUGUUUAUUUGUGACAUUUUGCCUGUUUUCCCCACCCUUAUCCGGGAACCUCCAGCAACCCCUGUGUGUUUAGGAAGGAAGUGUUGAACUGCAUGGAUACUCGGGACUCUGCAGAAUCUGUGUUUAAAGCAGAAAAAUAUGGAGUGGGAAUAGCUGUAUUUGGCAGUUCAUCUAAAUUUGGCAAAGUGGCAUAUAUUACUGUAACUUUUAAAUUUGCAAGUGGGAGAGAGGGAGAGGCAUUAAGCUGUAAGGGCACUCGCCUCUAGAAAUGUUACUAGACAUUGUCCACAUACAAGUGU